GCCCCGUUUUAAAAAGGAACUGCGCACAACUUUUGUAGGACAGGGGGCUCUCUGCAGGGCAGAAAGAACUUGAAUCUGGACUAAUCAGCCCUGUGCUUUAGAUAACUUAUUUUUUUAUUUUAUUUCUAAUCAAUAAAAAUGACAGCAACUAUCGUUUCUCCUUUCUUCGACUACAACGAAGUCAACAAGAACAAUAAGAUGUUGAACUACAACAACAACAACACUUUCAGUGGGCCCCACUCCACGUCUGUCCCAAUCUGCACUAGUGCCAACACCCCCCCCUCCUGUACCCCCACUGGUACCCUGCUGGACAGGAAGGUGGUGGGGGCCCCCUCUGCUGGGGGCGGUGGGCUGUUCCAGCGCCGCCACUCAGUCACCCUCCCCAACGCCAAAUUCAACCAGAACCAGUUCAUCAACAGCCUCAAGGUGGACGCCUCCUCGCUCCUGAUUGGAGGUGGCGGCAACAACAAGGAGAACCGCUUCCGGGACCGCUCCUUCUCAGAGACUGGGGAGCGCCUGAAGCCAGGCAGCCAGCUCCAGUGUCUUGGGGGAGGGCAGAGCCAGCAGCAGGUCAACUCCAGCCGCUACAAGACGGAGCUGUGCCGGCCCUACGAGGAGAACGGGACCUGCAAGUACGGCGACAAGUGCCAGUUUGCCCACGGCAUGCACGAGCUGCGCAGCUUGAGCCGCCACCCGAAGUACAAGACGGAGCUGUGCCGCACCUUCCACACCAUUGGCUUCUGCCCUUACGGCCCUCGCUGUCAUUUCAUCCACAACGCCGAGGAGCGCCGCGGCCCGCCGCCGCCGCCCCUCUCCAGUUUCAACAAGAUGGAGCGCCCCCGCCUCCAACACAGCUUCAGCUUCGCUGGCUUCCCCAGUCAAGGUGGCCUGCAGGACAGCCCGACCUCGGUCACCCCGCCACCCAUCUUCCCCGCUGAUGACCUGAGGGAGUGGCCCAGCAACCCCUUCACCUACUCCAGCCAGGAGCUCACCAACUUGUUUGGCCCCAGCCUGGGAGGGGGCGCCCCUGUCCUGGAGCCCAGUCUGGUGCGCCCGGCCCCAUCCUCCCCCACAGCUCCCUGCUUCUUCCGGAUCAUGUCGGAGUCUCCCCCCAGUCCCCCUGACUCCCUCUCUGACCAGGAGGGCUAUCAGAGCAGCCUGGGCAGUCAGAGUGGCUCAGAGUCCCCCAGCCUGGAUGCCUCUAGGCGUCUGCCCAUCUUCAGCAGGCUCUCCAUUUCGGAUGACUAGAGUGCCUUCAUCCACCACCCCCCCCUACAUUACCCCCCCCCCACACAGUGCCUGAGCUGGAUGGAGUGCCUGCCUCCCCUACAGUCCAGACACCAUUUCCCCUCCUUCGUCUCCUGGUCUUGUUUACAACCCAGAGGUGGACUUGGUUCUGUUCAGCAGUGUUGUAGCCACUGAGUCCAAUCAGAAUGCCCCGAAAGUGGAUCGCCUCCCUGCAGAGGAGCCUCAGCACCCUUGUCGCUCCCUCGAACUGACAUCGGCCUCCCCUCCUCAUCCCGGACGAUUCCAAUGUAGUCAAUAAUAGACCGUUGUCUUUUUAUUUGAACGAAAUGGUCACUCAGCCACGUGGUCACCAAGUAACCUUGAUGAGUGGUGAGAUUUGUAGUUAACGUCCCCCUGGACGAAGUGCUACAGAAAGGAGGGAGCGGUGGGAGUCUGAGGGGAUGGAGAGAGACAGGGCAGUAGAAAGUGUUGGUGUCCCAGGAUUCCCUUGUCCUCCGGUGUGUAGCAGAGCUUCACGCGGCCAUUGAUGCCUGAGCCACAGAUAUCUUCAGACCUCCUGUCCUUUCACUCUUGAGUUGAGAGGACUUGUGACAAAUCAGUGCUCCAUUUAAUGAAAAGAAAAGGUAGAGAGAGGGAAAAAAAAAAACAGGGUCACCUUGCUCUUCAAAUUAAACCGUCAAAACUAACAUUAUUGGACUACCAGUUCCGAUGACGUGCCUUAGUGUCGUCUGAUCAAUGUGUGCCACAAAAUGUGUGAGACUAAAAUGGUUACACUUUAUUUUUUCUUGUCUCUCUUUUCUGAUUGUUUCAUGUGAAUCAGGGCUGUCAUUCUUUUGGUGCUACUUUUCUCUGGUGCCAUAACAACCCCUAAGACCCCAUGCUGCCCUUAAUGUGUCUGCUGGUCUGGUUUGGUUUCUCUAGUUAAAGAUGUUGGAAGGAGUAGUGCUGUUCAUCUGUGUAAAUUCUGGUUGUCAAACAUUCAUAUUUGAGCUUGGCCUGUUUUCUUUGAGUUUGGCCCAAGCACAACCCCUCCCUUCCCCCAAAUCAUCCAGCUCAAUAGCUGGCUGAGAUGAUUCCUCAGACUCCAGUCAAAUCACAUGAGCGAAAAGGCUCUCCCAUCGAUUCCACCUUGUUCAACAUUAUAUUAUUAUUAUUAUUAUUAUAUUAUUGUUUAGUUUGUUUUGAAAAGCCUUCAAACGGACAGUUUUCGCUUGUCACUGCUUAUUUAACUUAUCAAAAAUGUAUUUAUUGCUGAUCUUAAAGCAUUUUUUAUUUUGUAUUUAUCUGGAUAAUGAAACCAUAGAAUAUAUUUUCUUUUAUGUUAAAUUAUGAUCUUCCAUAUUAAUCGUAAGAUUGUGAAGACCAAGUUCUUUUUUUUUUUUUCUCACAGUUAAUAUAUUAUACUGCAAUGACAUUUUUGUUUUGUAACUACACUUUGAUUUUGAAAGUGAAUCUUAAUUUAAAUACUAAAAAUGCAAACUUUCUUUUUUUGCGUUUUAUUUAUUGUUUUUCCUUCUUUGUGAUGUUGGACUGCGGUUUUCAGGUUCUCUUUGCUGUCUUAAUCCUUUUUCCUGUUGUGGGCAGCAGCAGCUCUCGAAGGCCCUGUAGAAUGUAGACUAAGUUGGAUAACAGGCCUAGCCCUGGUAUUUUGCUGUCUUUUGACCAGGACAAAGAUUCAUUUUAGUAUUGAAGAGAUCACUCUUAGCCUAUAAAACCAGCAUUUAUGCUGUGAAUGACAAAUGGAAAGCUCUUAUUUGAAUUAAUGAAUUAUGGACACUUGCCUAUUCCACAAUACCAUGCACAUACUUGCUAGCACUUUUUAGUUGCCAAAUGGUAAUGUUGUGUUGGGUUGUUUUUGUUCUAGUUGUUGGCAGUUCGUUCCCAUUAAGUGCCUAUCAGUACAUUCCAGGUAUCCCCAAGAGUUGUGCCUUUAUCACGUUUUUAUAACACAGCAAAUUUAAGCCUAAACACUUGUUCUUGUAGUAGGGUAAAGGUUAACAGGAUUGAUACCUGACAUAAAGAGCAACAGUUGAAUGUAUUCUCUUUUUAGCAGCCGUUGCUAUUCACUACAGUAAUUUCUAUGUUGUCACGUAUUGUUUUUGUAAUGACAGAUUGCAGUUUAAACCAAUAAAAACACAUUUCUAUUGAA